CACCUUUCAACUAUUUAUAUACACUGUUAACUUUAUGAUUUAUAUAGACAUCAUCAAGCAAUCAACUGAUUGUAAACAGCGUGUAGCUUUUGAUUCUAAUGUACAACUUCAAUACAUUUCGAGAUUUUUGGAUAAACCUAACCAAGUCAUUGAGAAUAAAACAAUUGUUCUAAAGCCUGGGAAUACCGCAUUAAUUAAAGGCCUAGAGCAAGAAAUUCAGGGCAUGUGUGUAGGUGAAAUUCGUCGAUUGACUGUUCCUAAUACAGCAAUGAUUUAUGAUAUUGAAAUAUUAGAAAUAAAGAAGCCACAGCUUAUAACACCUUUAUUCUGGCUUAUAUUGUGUAGUAUUGGACUAGCUUAUAUCGUAUUUGGUAAAUUAGCUGCAAAAGUAGACAGAGAAAAGGAUACAACAAGGAGAUUUAAGAAAAAAUAAUGUUUAUUUAAUAAAUUUAUAAUUUUAUAUGUGUAUAC